UUCGGAAGGAAAACGAUUUCCGCAAACUUUUCUCGUUGUUACAUCUGAUCCUUUUGGAACCAAGGAAACACCAUGAAGUCUAUGGUAAUUAUCUUAGCUUUGUGCGUCGCUGCAGCGAUGGCUUUGCCAAAUGGCCAUUCUUUAGUUAUUCAUCACCAUCCAUCUCACCAUGGCUAUGGGCAUGGACAUGGUGGUCACGGAGUCAGCACAAGACAUGAUGUCAGACACCAUGGUUACGCUCACCCUCAUGGACUUAAAUAUGGCCACGGCAUCGGUUAUGGACAUGGACACCACGGAUACGGAUUGGAUCAUGGUUUGGGUCAUGCUCAUGGAUAUGGACUAUCACAUGGAUAUGGACAUGAUUUAGGAUUAGCUCAUGGACACGGCCUAGGUCAUGGAUUAGGUUUGGGUCACGGACAUGGAUAUGGAUAUCAUUAAAGGAUUUGUGGUAUGGCAAUGGGUAGUGGUGCUCGGAAUAUUAAUUUAUUUACGAAUACUGUAACCAUAGGAUUGAUUUGCAAAAUGACUAUAGUUUUACUGGAAUAAAAAUCAAAGUGAUUUUUUUUUUUUGA